AUGGGGGAUUGGAACUUACUGGGUGGCAUCCUAGAGGAAGUUCACUCCCACUCAACCAUAGUGGGGAAAAUCUGGCUGAGCAUCCUCUUCAUUUUCCGAAUGCUGGUACUUGGUGUGGCUGCCGAGGGGGUCUGGGAUGAUGAACAGUCAGCAUUUGCCUGCAACACUCAGCAGCCAGGUUGCAACACCAUCUGUUAUGAUGAUGCUUUUCCUAUCUCUUUGAUCAGAUUCUGGGUUCUACAGAUCAUCUCUGUAUCUUCUCCUUCUCUGGUUUAUAUGGGUCAUGCACUUUAUAGACUCAGGGCUUUUGAGAAACAGAGACAGAGGAGAAAGUCACACCUUAGAGCCCAAAUGGAGAAUCCAGAGCUUGACUCGGAGGAGCAACAAAGGAUAGAAAGGGAGCUGAGGAGGCUGGAGGAGCAGAAGAGGGUCCACAAAGUCCCCCUGACAGGGUGUCUGCUGCGCACCUAUGUCUUACACAUUCUGACCAGAUCGGUGCUGGAAGUGGGGUUCAUGAUAGGCCAGUAUAUCCUCUAUGGGUUUCAAAUGCGUCCCCUUUACAAAUGCGCUCAAUCUCCUUGCCCCAACACAGUGGACUGCUUUGUGUCCAGGCCCACAGAGAAGACCAUUUUCAUGCUGUUCAUGCACAGCAUUGCAGCCAUCUCCCUAUUACUAAAUAUACUGGAAAUAUUUCAUCUGGGUAUCAGAAAAAUCAUGAGGACGCUGUAUGAAAAAUCCAGCAAUGAGGGCAUUGGGAAUGAAAGGGGCCCUCCAUUCCAUGUGCACAAACACCCAGUGGCGCCGCAGGGCGUGAUGUGCUCCUCCUUGCCUGAAAGAACCUCUCUACUUCAAGCAAACAAUCAACAGAAAUUCAUCCAAGUCAAUGGCCCAAAGCUGAAAGCCAUGUGGCAAAUCCCACAGCCUAGACAACUUGAGGUAGACCCUUCCUGCAGUGUAAAAGACUGGGCUGAGAGGGAUCAGCACAGUGGACAGCUCCACGUCCACAGCCGGUGUCCCUGGACUGGCUAUUCUAGAGUUCAGCACCCAGGACAGCAGCCAGACCAGCAUGCCUUUGGCCUACAGAAUACAAUGUUCCAGUCCUGGCUAGGUCCAGUGACAGCCCCUAAAAACUGUCCUUCCUAUUCUGUAGGAACCUGGGAGCAGUCUGAGGCCCUGGAGCCCUCAGGCGAGCCUCCCACAGAUCUGCACCAUCACUGUAGAGAGAGACAGGGCAGCAUGAGAGAGAGUGGGGUCUGGACAGACAGAGCUUACCCGGGCAGCCGCAAGGCCAGCUUUCUGUCCAGACUGCUGUCUGAAAAGGGACAGCUGCACAGUGACUCGAGAAGCUCCAGUUCCCCGAAUAGCCCCUGCUCGGAUCAUCUACACGGGGAAAACAGCCUCUCGCCUCUGCCUUCAGCCACUGGGCACAGAGCAUCCAUGGUAAGAUGA